GUUGCGAGCGGCGGCAGCGUGAGGAGGGCGGUCAGCGAGAGCCACGACUCGCUCCGUUUUGGCCUCGACGGCAGCGUCAAGGCCGGCCUCGCGCCCGCGCACCAGCUCCAGGCCACCCUCCUCUCGGAGGCCAGGUUCUGGAAGGAGAGGAAGAAGUUGGGCGCGGACGCCGUUUACGGCUCCGCGUUCAACAUCAGGAAGGACCUCGAUGCGCAGAUCAUCUCCAGGUUCCAAAGGCCCCAUGGCGCAUGGCCAUCAUCCGUGCUAGGGUAUGAGGCGUUGACAGGCUUCAUGGAUGAUUUUAGAUUUGAGGAUUACUUGAAUGGUACUGAAUUAUGA